CACGCCAUUUCUUCCUACACGUAUCGUUCUUUCUCUUCCUUCUCUUUCCUGUAGCUUGCAAUUCCCUUGCCUGCUUACCGAUACUGAUUCCUGUAUUUCCUUUCUUCCUGCUCGCAGAUUACUACUUCUCACCUUCUACUCUCCAAGAAGGUCUUUCGGGAAGCGUUCGAAAUUUUACAGCACGAUUGCAUCGUUGGGACAGAGUGUAUUAAUAAACCCUGAAGAUGGCGUGGUCAGAGCUGAAGCAGGCAAUCUGGAUCUCGAUGAGGAGAUAUAUAUGCUUCGGCGUGAUUUUGAAGCUGCCAAAGAGAGUUUUCGCAAAAUUCCUGAUACGCUGAAAGAAAUGCCAAAAAUGAAUCCUAAAGGCAUAUACGUGAACAAAAACUUAAGAUUGGACAGAUUGCAAGUUUAUGGGUUCGAUUACGACUAUACGUUGGCACAUUACUCCUCCGAUUUACAGACUCUAAUAUAUGACCUCGCAAAGCAGCACAUGGUUAACGAGCUCAGGUACCCUGAAAGUUGUAUGGAAUUCAAAUAUGAUCCAUCUUUCCCCAUUAGAGGCCUUUACUAUGACAAGUCAAAGGGGUGCCUUAUGAAGCUGGAUUUCUUUGGUUCAAUUGAGCCAGACGCAUGCUAUUUUGGUCGACGCAGGUUAAGCGGACAAGAAAUACGAGAUAUAUAUGGCACACGACAUAUUGGUCGGGAACAAGCCCGCUCACUUGUUGGUUUAAUGGAUAUCUUCUGCUUUAGUGAGGCGUGCCUUAUUGCAGAUAUGGUGCAGUACUUUGUUGAUGCUAAGCUGGAAUUUGAUGCUUCGUACAUUUAUGAAGAUGUAAAUCAUGCCAUUCAGCAUGUCCACCAUAGUGGCUUGGUUCAUCAAGGCAUUCUAUCUAAUCCACAUAGAUACUUGGUUAAAAAUGGGAAGAUAUUUCAACUCCUCAAGAUGCUAAGGGAGAGGGGCAAGAAUCUUUUCUUGUUGACUAAUUCUCCUUUUAACUUUGUGGAUGAAGGGAUGCGCUUCUUGCUAGAGGAUUCUACGGAUUGUAGAGACUCCUGGAGGGAUCUGUUUGAUGUUGUAAUUGCCAAGGCCAAUAAACCACAAUUUUAUACAUCUGAGCAUCCAUUCCGAUGUUAUGACACGGUGAAUGAUACAUUGACUUUCACCAAAGUUGAUGCAUUUCUUCCUAAUAACGUUUACUAUAAUGGAUGCCUCAAAUAUUUUCCAAUAACCAAGUGGCGUGGGCCAGAGGUGAUAUAUUUUGGAGAUCACCUAUUUAGUGACUUGAGAGGACCUUCUAAGGCUGGUUGGCGAACAGCUGCAAUCAUCCAUGAACUUGAGAGUGAAAUACAAAUACAAAAUGAAGAUAGUUACCGUUUUGAGCAGGCAAAGUUUCAUAUAAUACAGGAGCUCCUCGGUAAAUUGCAUGCAACUACGGCUAAUAGUCACAGGACUGUGGCUUGCCAUUCGCUUCUGAAAGAACUUAAUGAUGAGAGGCUUAAAGCACGGACUGCAAUGAGGAUGAUGUUUAACAGAUCUUUCGGAGCAACAUUUCUUACUGAUUCAGGUCGAGAAUCUGCUUUUGCCUAUCACAUUCAUCAGUAUGCAGAUGUUUAUACUAGCAAGCCAGAGAACUUUUUAUUUUACUCACCUGAAGCAUGGCUUCAUGUUCCGUUUGAUAUCAAGAUCAUGCCUCAUCAUAUAAAGGUUCCAUCAAGUUUGUUCAGAACAUGAACCAGUUUUGAAAAAGCAAAAUGGCGCAGUUCCCAAGUGCUGCAUCUGCUAGACACAGUUGUUGCACCAGGAACUUGCAUUUUUUGUUCCUAACAGCAAAUAGAGUAACACCACAUAGAUUUUUUGUGGAAGAGGGAAUCAGAAAGGAAGCCGAUACACACACAAUUUGUUCUGGUAUCAAAAUAAGAACUUACAAUUCAAUUUUGUUUUAGUAAGGAACUUAUGACUACGUUUGUUUAUUUGUUCCGUUCCUCGAAUUGCUGGAAGCUGUGUUCAAGUUUCACCAUACAGUAACAAAUUAAUUGACACAGUUAAUGACCCGA